CUGUGGUUGUAAUAUGAAGCCGUCAUGGAAUUGAUUGUUUUGACAGCGCAGCAGGUGUCAUACAACAAAUAUUGGCGAGGAUAAUGACGUUCCCAUAACAUAUAUUUAUAAUGAAAUUAUUAUCGAAAUAUUGAACUCAAUUGUUCAAUGUUGACAAUGUUUCGUCCCAUAGCAACAAGUAAAAUGUGUCAUUCUAUGACGUGGACAUGAGUGUAAAAAAAACUCCUAUGUAACCGACAAAUAUAAAUAAUUGCUAAAACAAUUACACGAAGUUGUGUAACUUGAUUUCAUAAAUAGCAUUAAGCUAUGAAUAUAUGCGAAGAACAUAUUAAUAUUACAAUAGAUGAAGAUAAAAUUAUUUAUGGUGCAAUAGAAAUUAUAAAGAGAAUUAGACCAUCUUGGCCUCUUCAAGAACUGCAUUUUAAGCCAUUUACCGAUGGAAAAACAAAUAAGUUGGUAGGAGUGUGGUACUCAGAACAUUAUACAGAUAUGGUCCUGAUUCGAAUUUAUGGCAACAACUCAGAUUUAUUGAUUGAUAGAAAAAAUGAAUUGAACAAUAUCCGGAUAUUAAACAAGGCUGGCUAUACUCAUUCCAUUUAUGCUACAUUUAAUAAUGGAUUCGCCUAUCAAUUCUUAGAAGGUGACACUCUGACUAUAGAAACAAUUAGAGACCCAAAAGUGUAUCCAUUAAUCGCGAAACGUAUGGCUGAAAUGCAUAGUCUUGAACCUGAAAAUGAGCUUGAAUCCAAAAAAGCUUUCAUUUGGGAAAAAACAAAGAAAUUUAUGCAAAUUAUGCCUAAAAGAUUUUCAGAUCCUCUCAAACAAGCUAAGUUUGAAAUGUUGAUAUCACCAUAUACAGUAUUAGAAAAAGAAUAUCACUUAAUGGAACAAACACUUCCAAAAAUAAAUAGUCCUGUAGUAUACGCUCAUAAUGAUCUUUUACUCGGGAAUGUGUUGUAUAAUCAGGAGCAAGAGAAUGUUGUUUUUAUCGACUAUGAAUACACUGCAUUUAAUUAUCAAGCAUUUGACAUAGCUAAUCAUUUUGCGGAAUUUGCUGGUAUUGAUGAGCCAGAUUAUUCUUUGUAUCCGGAUGAAAAUUUUCAAAAAGCAUGGUUGAAAGAAUAUUUGCAAAAGUAUAAUGAGAGUAACAAUGUGUCUGAAGAAGAAAUUAACAAAUUGUAUUGGCAGGUUACUAAAUUUGCUCCCUUGCCGCAUUUCUUUUGGGGUUGUUGGUCUCUCAUCCAAAGUGAGCAUUCGCAUAUUGAUUUUGAUUUUUUGGAAUACGCUGCAAUACGUUUUAAUGAAUAUUUCAAAUUGAAGGAAGAAACCUCCAAGUUGAAAAUGGAAUACAACAAAUAAAAGUGACAUUUUCUAAAACACUCAUUCCAAUAAAAGCAUUUUUUAAUAAUAUUAA